GGUACCAACCACGAAACGAACGAGGCAGAAGAUUAUAACUUGCCUAGAAGCACCUCUUUGAAAAACUGCAGUUCUGUUUAAUGGCCCAAAGUACUGAGGACAACACCAGACGUCCGCGCCCGAGCGACCUCCCCGAGAUGUUUCGACCCCCCGUGAACCGCGCAAUGCGGGUUCUGGAUCGAUCAUUCUUCAAAAAAACGGUACCGCUCUCCGCUGCGACAAUAUUCAAGAAUUCAGACAUCUCAAGGGUGCGACGGGCGUUGGAGCAGAGCAAGGAUAUUCUCGCAUUACCGCGCUUGAAUACGAUCCAGGACAUUAAACAGGAUGAUGUCGUUAAAAAGUGCUUACUGCUUAAGGAGACCAUUAGGCAUGAUGAUACUGCGACAUGGUCGCCGACUAUUAACGAGUUGGUUGAUAAUGGGGUUGUUGGUGUUGGGCCCUUCGAUCUGACGCUGGACUACGACUAUUGGCUUCACUCCGAUAUUAUUAGUGCCGUUCUACCGGAGGAACUACUCGAGGAAGUUCCGCAGGGCUUUACGCAGGUGGGACAUGUUGCCCAACUGAACCUCCGCGAACAAUUCAUCCCGUGGCGACACCUUAUUGCACAGGUCCUCCUGGACAAGAACCCAACGCUUCGCACCGUGAUCAGAAAGACCGAGGAUGUGGGAUCGCAAAGCGAGUUCCGGACGUUCCCUUACGAGCUCCUUGCUGGUGACUCAGAUAUGAAUGUUAUCCAGCAUGAACAAGACUGCGAAUUCCGCUUUGAUUUCUCUCGCGUAUAUUGGAACAGCCGCCUCCAUACAGAGCACCAAAGACUCGUGGACCUAUUCAAGCCAGGCGAGAUGGUAUGCGAUGUGAUGGCUGGCGUUGGGCCAUUUGCAAUCCCCGCUGGAAAGAAGAAGAUUUUUGUCUGGGCCAAUGACCUCAAUCCGCACGGGUACGAGGUGAUGCAGGAUGCCGUGAAGAGGAACAAGGUCUUCAAAUUUGUCACCCCGUUCAACCAAGACGGAAGGAGCUUCAUCAGGUGGUCUGCUAGAGCCCUCCAAAAAUAUGACCCAGUGACAGUGACCAUCCAGCCAAGAACAAAGCGGACGAGGGACGCCUCCGGUCAGGUGAAAGAGACCCAGCCACCUCUAGAAGUAUACACCCGUCCGAAAGUCUUUCACCAUUACGUGAUGAACCUCCCGGGAAACGCCCUUGAGUUCUUGGACGCUUUCAUUGGCGUCUAUGCGGGUUGCGAGGAACUGUUCGAACCACACACCAAGGAACAGCUCCCCAUGGUCCAUGUGUACUGUUUCUCAGGCCACUCGGAGAACGAAGUCGACGACCAUAUUGAUAUCUGCAAGCGCAUGUCCGAGAGGCUGGAAUACCCGAUAACAGUAGAGGACCGCGUUGGAGGAGCUGGAAACACAGAGCUGGAGCUUUCUAUCCAUAACGUGAGACUGGUUAGCCCUAACAAGCAGAUGUUCUGCGCGAGUUUCCGACUUCCCCGCGCGGUUGCUUUCAGGAAGAAGUGA